AGUGGGAGCACCGUAGUCGGCGGAAGAACGCGAAAACCGAAAGCACGGGUAACAAACAUGGCAGGUAGACCUGGGAAGCACGGUCGUGCUGGUUCUAGUACUGGAAAUGCUAUCAGAAAAAGCGGCCCCGAUCAGGAGGAAGAGGAGCAGCCUCUUCAGGCUGUAUUAGUUGCUGAUAGCUUCAACCGGAGGUUUUUCCCCAUUUCAAAGGACCAACCGAGGGCUCUCUUGCCAUUGGCCAAUGUGGCCAUGAUUGACUACACCUUGGAGUUCCUCACCUCCACUGGGGUACAGGAAACGUUUGUUUUUUGUUGCUGGAUGGCCAACAAAAUCAAAGAACACUUACUAACAUCAAAAUGGUGUCGGCCCACCUCCCCAAAUAAAGUGCAUGUCAUCACUUCAGACCUGUAUCGCUCACUCGGAGAUGUGCUUAGAGAUGUGGACACCAAGGCUCUGGUGCGGUCUGACUUUGUGCUCGUCUAUGGGGAUGUAGUGUCCAACAUCGACGUUACACAGGCCUUGCAGGAGCACCGGCAACGUCGCAAAGCGGAGAAGAAUGUGUCUGUGAUGACCAUGAUUUUCAAAGAGUCGUCGCCUGGCCACAAGUCCCGCUGUGAGGAGGACGAUGUCAUUGUUGUCAUGGACAGCAAGAGCAAGCGGGUUCACCACUACCAGAGGACCCAGGGGCUUAAGAAACUGCAAUUUCCCAUGAACAUAUUCCACAGUGGGAGUGAUGAGUUUGAGAUCCGCUAUGAUCUCCUAGACUGCCACAUCAGCAUCUGUUCACCACAGGUGGCAGAACUUUUCACUGACAAUUUUGACUACCAGACGAGAAAUGACUUUGUCCGUGGGAUCCUAGUUAAUGAAGAGAUUCUGGGAAAUCAGAUCCACCUCCACGUGACGGCUGACGGUUACGGGGCGCGCGUCUCCAACCUGCAGAUGUAUGAUGCCGCGUCGUCAGACAUGGUACGCCGAUGGAUCUACCCACUCACCCCAGAGGCCAACUUUACCGACCAGGAGGGCCAGGUCUGCACCCACUCCCGCCACAACGUCUACCGUGGUGUGGGGGUCAGCCUUGGUCAUGGCAGCCAGAUGGAAGAGAACGUGCUGAUUGGCUGCGAUACCAAUAUUGGGGCCAAUUGCCAUAUCUCCAACAGUGUCAUUGGCAACAACUGCAUCAUUGGAGACAAUGUGAUUCUGGAUCGGGCCUAUGUCUGGAAUGGUGUGCGCAUUGCGAGCAACUCGCAAAUAAGGCAGUCGGUUCUCUGCGACAAUGUGGAGGUGAAGGAACGGGUCAUUCUAAAUCAUCAGUGCGUGCUUGCUUUUAACGUCGUGGUUGGACCCAACAUUUCACUCUCUAAAGGCACAAUGAUUUCAAUGCACCACCCUGAUGAGGAAGAUGAAGAUGAUGACGAUGAAUUCUUGAGUGAUACAGAAGUCAGCAGUAGUAAUAGUAAAAUGAAGCAUAGAGCCUUCAAUGCUACAGAGGUUGGAGUUGAUGGUAAAGGGUACAUCUGGAAGGUGGCCAGCCCGUCCGAGACUGAGGAAGACAACCUAGCACAGUGUCUGUGGGGACUGGAGUUGAAUCAUGACUUCGAGAGUGAGAGUGAGAGUGAGAUGAGCGAGGGCUCCCAAGACAUGGGAAGCCGUGGCUUUUCCCCUGAGCUCGAUGAUGUCAAAGUGUUCCAGGUGGAAGUGCUGGGGACCCUGCAGAGAGGCAAUGAGGAGAACAUCAGCUGUGACAACCUGGUGCUAGAGAUCAACUCCCUCAAAUACGCCUACAACAUCACGCUGAAGGAGGUGAUGCAGACACUUAUGAAGGUCGUGCUGGACUUCCCUUUCCAGCAGCAGGGAUCCCAACUAACCACGGCCCAGUACUACUCUCUGCUGAUCCCUCUAAUGAAGAAAUGGGCCCCUGUGUUCAAGAACUACGUGAAGAGGGCUCAGGACCAUCUGGACUGUCUGGGGGCUCUGGAGGAAUUCUUCCUUGAGCAUGAGGCCCACUGGGGAGCUAUGGUUAAAAUCCUGAUGAAUUUCUAUGAGCUGGAGAUCCUAGAAGAGGACGCCAUUAUGUGUUGGUUUUCCAAAGGGGCAACCUCUGACAAAAGCCGACUCUUGCGGAGGAACCAAGGGCUCCUCAAGUUCAUCCAGUGGCUGCAGGAGGCUGAGGACGAGUCUUCUGAGGAAGAUGGGAAGUAACUCCUGGCAGGCCCUCCUUGCAGCACCACUUGCGUACCUCCAGAACAUAACUCUGGGCAGGAAGGCGUUGUGGCCAAAAUCAGGAAGUGGAAAGAGUCAAGAAAGAGGACUGGCUUUCAUUGGAGAAUGUGGCAUAUGAGUAUUGACUAGCCUUGUUUUUUCCCCCAUCUGAGUUUUGGUUUUCCUAUUUAUUUAUUUUGUAUGACAGACACCUUUCAAAGCAACACCAUGACUUUUAAGAACUGUACCACAUAGAGUGCUGGGUCAAUAUAUCAUCACAAUAGACAGACAUGCAUGAAAUGCAAAGCUCCCUUUAUUCAUUACCACCUUGGCCAUCACUUUGUCAUUUUGACUUCUAUACUAACGCAGGUCAGUCUUGGUCUUCAAACAACAAGCAGGGUAGCAGGGUGUGCCUGCAUUGUCUGCAUAUAUUCUUGGCACAGUGUCAGCCUCCAGUGCCUUUUCAAGUUGAAACAAUGUAACUGACAACCUCCUUUCAAAUAACAUUUGAAGACCGAUCUGCAUCUGGACAACCCUUCCUGUUGACUGCAGGAAGAAAUUCUGUCCAUCUCCCAUGGUUCUGGUUCAUACCACCCAACUGGUACUUCUGAAGAAAUAAACCAGGUCUGAAGUAUCCCAAAAAUUUCACCUUCAGAAAUUUCCAGACUUAUGCUGUAGAUCCAUUUGUUGUUCACUCACUUCUCACCCGUUUUUAUAGAAUGGGCAUUCAGAUGUUACCACUGAGGGAAUAGAAAACCUUUAUUAAAUGGUGUCAUAUACAAGAACUUGUGGCUUCACGUUCAUAGACCCCCUAUCUGGUGCACAUGCUAGGCUGUGCUGUGAAUUGCAGUUCAGUGCUGUCACUGUACAUUUGUCACAUGACCACAAAAGGAUGGAAUAAAAAGACCAU